GCUCCCGUCCACCCACUUGGGAUUCUGUUUCUUUUUUGUCUGAAAAUCACGUCGCUUUUGCUUUUUCCUCGCACUACCUGAUCUUCUUGGAUUGAGUAUAAAAAAGCAUUUCUUUGUGGUCGUAUUGUGUCUAUAAGAAAACGGUUGUUUCUAGCUACUCUCUCUUGCAUAAAGCACAAGCGAUGAGUCCUCUUCUCUCCCUUUCCCUCGUAUUCUCCCUCUCUCUCUUCAAUAUUCUCUGUGUCUCCACAGCUGUUACUCUUCCCCUGGAUGCACUUCUUCCGAAUGGGGACUUUGAGGAAGCCCCCAAGCCAAGCAACCUCAAGAAGACGGUGAUCCUAGGGAAGCACUCGCUGCCCAAGUGGGAGAUCGAUGGCCUGGUUGAGUUCGUCUCGGGCGGGCCGCAACCCGGGGGCUUCUUCCUAGCGGUCCCCCGCGGGAUCCACGCGGUGCGACUGGGCAACGAGGCAUCCGUCUCUCAGUAUCUGAUUGCCAAGCCAGGGUCAGUCUAUGCCCUCACGUUUGGUGCCACAAGGACUUGUGCGCAGGAUGAAGUGUUGCGGGUCUCAGCAGGCCCUGGCCAGUCUGCAGAGCUGGGGAUCCAGACCCUGUACAGCAGCAAUGGCGGGGACACCUACGCUUGGGCCUUCUGGGCUGCUUCCAAGUCUGUGAAGGUGACCUUCCACAAUCCUGGGAUCCAGGAGGUCCCCACCUGUGGGCCCCUCUUGGAUGCUGUGGCCAUCAAGGAGAUGCUCCCGCUCAAGUACACUCCUGGUAAUCUCAUCAGAAACGGAGGCUUCGAGAUUGGCCCGCACGUGUUCAAGAACUUCUCGACUGGGGUCCUCCUCCCCGCCAAGCAACGGGACUUGAUCUCGCCAUUGCCUGGGUGGAUCAUUGAAUCCUUGAAGCCGGUCAAGUACAUCGACAGGAAACACUUCUUCGUGCCCUCUGGGCUAGCCGCGAUCGAGCUGGUCGCGGGGAGAGAGAGCGCGAUCGCGCAGAUAAUCCGGACGGUCCCCAGCAAGUACUACAACCUCACUUUCACCGUCGGGGAUGCCAAGAAUGGGUGCCACGGGUCGAUGAUGGUCGAGGCAUUCGCUGCCAAGGACACCCUCAAAGUCCCGUACGUGUCCACCGCGAAGGGCGGAUCGAAGACCGCGAGCCUUAAGUUCCGGGCAGUAUCAGGCAGAACGAGGAUCACAUUUUUCAGUGCUUACUAUCACACAAAGCUGCAUGAUUAUGGGCACAUGUGUGGCCCUGUUUUGGAUGAUGUUAAGGUCGCUCCUGUCAGUUAGAUUGUUCCUGAGAGAGGCAAUUAUGUGCUCAUGUGCUAAAUUGGUAUUUAGAGGCAUGUGGCAUGUUUCCAUGUUAUGAUUCAAGCAAG